UGACCCUGACUACCCCAAUUUGAUCAAACUCACUGUUACUAUGCCUCACAUGGAUGGCAUGCUGCCCGUUAUCUCCACACGUCCCCUUUCAAACUUUGAGCUAACCCUUAGUCCAGAUGGCACAAGAGUAGGUAACCACCGCUGCUCUAACCUCUUGGAUUUCAAUGAGAUCCAAACAGCACAUGGUUUCAUCACUGACGCCACAAAGAACCCAGAAAUUAUUGGCGAGACUUUACCGUACCAGUACAGCGUGGCCAUGCGUAGCACCAAUUCCCUUCGAUUCUACCGCAAUCUUAACCUGGAGGCAUGUCUGUGGGAGUUCAGUAGCUACUACGACAUGUCAGAGCUGCUGAAUGACUGUGGAGGAUCCAUUGGCACAGAUGGACAGGUGUUGAAUCUUGUUCAGUCCUAUGUAACCCUGCGGGUGGCUCUGUUUGUGUCCUAUGUCUUCCACUCUCCCGUUGCGGUUGGCGGCUGGCAACAUUUUGACCUACGGUCUGAGCUGCGGCUCACCUUUGUGUAUGACACU